AUGAAGUUCCUCACAACCAACUUUUUGACCUGCUCUGUCAAAGAAUGCGAUAGAAGUAAUAAUAGCUUCCCAUUACAUUAUAAAGGUGAGGCCUGUCAGCUUGAACAAGACGAAGGCAUCGAAUUCAAUCCAGAGUUUCUCCUUCGAGUCAUUGACAGAGUUGAAUGGGAUGCAGUUGUGAGUGUUGCCAAAGACUUGGGAAAUUCGACCUUGCCUCAACAGAAACCUGUUUUCGAGAACGAAGAAUUGUCUGAAGAAGAUAUGAUUGUGCUGCGUGAUCUGCAUGUCCUUUUAAUCCAAACCAAUAUUGUCGAAGGUGAAAUGACUUGCCGCAACUGCGGUCAUAUAUACUACAUCAAAAAUAGCAUUCCCAACUUGCUACUGCCGCCUCAUUUAGCGUAA